UUACCAGAUGCCCAGCACUCCCUGGCUAUCUCUGCCCGGCAGGCGAUGAACAUCGUGACCUCGGUGCUUCUGCUCUAUGGCAGUGAGGAGGAGGCCUUCUGGCUCCUGGUGGCCCUGUGCGAGCGCAUGCUGCCUGACUACUACAACACCAGGGUGGUGGGAGCCCUGGUGGACCAAGGCAUCUUUGAAGAGCUCACAAGAGACUUCCUGCCGCAGCUCUCAGAGAAGAUGCAGGACCUGGGGGUGAUCUCCAGCAUCUCGCUGUCCUGGUUCCUGACCCUCUUCCUCAGUGUCAUGCCCUUCGAGAGCGCUGUGGUCAUCGUCGACUGCUUUUUCUAUGAGGGCAUCAAGGUGAUCCUGCAGGUGGCCCUGGCCGUCCUGGACGCCAACAUGGAGCAGCUGCUGGGCUGCAGCGACGAGGGCGAGGCCAUGACCAUGCUGGGCAGAUACCUGGAUAAUGUGGUCAAUAAGCAGAGUGUCUCUCCUCCUAUCCCACACCUCCAUGCCUUGCUGACCAGCAGCGAUGACCCCCCUGCAGAGGUGGACAUCUUUGAGCUCCUGAAAGUGUCCUAUGAGAAAUUCAGCAGCCUGAGAGCCGAGGACAUCGAGCAGAUGCGGUUUAAACAGAGGCUGAAAGUGAUCCAGUCCUUGGAGGACACGGCCAAGAGGAGUGUGGUCCGAGCUAUACCUGUGGACAUUGGUUUCUCAAUUGAAGAACUGGAGGACCUUUACAUGGUGUUUAAGGCCAAGCACCUGGCGAGCCAGUACUGGGGGUGCAGCCACACAGUGGCCGGCCGUCGGGACCCCAGCCUGCCCUACCUGGAGCAGUACCGGAUUGAUGCCAGCCAGUUUCGGGAACUCUUUGCCAGCCUGACACCCUGGGCCUGCGGCUCCCACACGCCUGUGCUGGCAGGUCGCAUGUUCAGGCUCCUGGACAAAAACAAGGACUCGCUGAUCAACUUCAAGGAGUUCGUGACGGGGAUGAGAGGGAGUUGGGCAGCGCAGGCUGUGAAGAGGGUCCCACUCGGACCCCCUGGAAGGGGCUCUGCAGCCAUCUUGCCAGCCCCAGCCCCUUCCCUGGCCUUCUCCACAGGCGGGAUGUACCACGGGGACCUGACAGAGAAGCUCAAGGUGCUCUACAAGCUACACCUUCCCCCAGGUGAGAGCCUCCUGCCCACUGCCCAGCCAGGAUCUCCCACUUGUCCGGAAGUUCAGCUGCAGAGGACAGGCCUCUGUGGGACUGUGGGGCCUUAAGGGGGCACAGCAGCUUCACAGGCUGGAGUUUCACAUUGGAGGAGAAGGAACGGGAGCUUGAGCACCUGACAGAGGUCUGAGAGCAGGGCCUUGGCCUGGGAAAGGACAUGGAGGAGAAUCCCAUGGGUGACCGGGCACCACUGGGAACAGAACUCCCACCGAGGAGGCAGCUGGACCCAAAACCCACGAGGAGGGCCAUGAGUGGAGCUUCGGGGCUGGAACUGAAACUGCUGCAUUAAUUUGUCAAGUUUCUUAAGGGUUUAUUCCCAGAGGUUCAGCUAGAGAAUCCUCACAUGGCCAUGAGGAGGGGCCACUUCUCUCUGGCCUCUCAGCGGUGCUGGAGCCUAGUAGGGCUGCAUUGGCGACAGGCUAUCUGGGGGCUCAGCAGGGGUGGCUGCGUGGACAGUGCUCCAAGGAGGGGUCAUCUCCAUCAUCAUAGAAGGAAAGAAAGGCGAGGCAGGUGGAAAUCCUGGGCCAGGCGCUCUGCUCUGGCUGGACCUGCCCCCAGGUCCCUGCUGUCGCUUGCCGUCUGAGGUCAGCAGCUGCCCUCAGAACCGACCCUGGGGAUUUUUAGGGUGCUGGGGCUGGGCUUCACCUGAGGAGAUUCUCUCCUGAUUGCCUGUGAUGGGGCCCAGACCUGUGAUUUUUAAAGCUGACAGGCCAUUGCUCUGUGCCUCCAGAGCUGAAAGGCUCUUGACACAGCUGUUCUCGUCGGUGACUGGCUCACCAGAGAGGCCCUGGUGGGACAUUCACUGGACUCCUAUUCACUGGACUGGGAGUCCAUUCACUGGACUCCUAAUUGUGUUGAUUGGAUUUUUACCUGGGACAUGUAUUUCCUUUUCAAACACAAUGUAAAAGUCAGGAAAGCGGAGGCCUGGGCGCAGUGGCUCAAGCCUGUAAUCCCAGCACUUUGGGAGGCCGAGGCGGGCGGAUCACGAGGUCAGGAGAUCCAGACCAUCCUGACUAACACAGUGAAACCCCGU